UUUGUGAACUCUGUUUAUGUAUCGGCGGGUACAUUAUAUGUAAUAUAUUGCAGAAUGUUGGUGACUUCAAUAGCAUAUUUUCAAUUAAAUAUUUUAUUACCUUUCAUUAAUGUUUUAUCCACAAUAUUUCUUGCGGUGGCCCCUCUACUGCUCAAUACUCAAGAAUACAAAACACAAACUCACGUCUCCGAUGGCGACAGUUUCGACUUCAUCGUUGUGGGUGCGGGUUCAGCGGGCUGCGUGCUCGCCAAUCGCCUUACAGAAAUUGGAAACUGGAGCGUGUUGCUGAUAGAAGCUGGCGAUGACCCACCUCUCAUCUCUGAUAGUCCCGGAUUAUCAGUGUUGAUGCCAAUGGCACUGCCGGACUGGAAUUAUCAAACACUUGACGAUGGCUAUUCCAGUCAGGCACAAAAGACAAGAAACAUACACAUGGUUAGAGGAAAAAUGUUGGGAGGAUCCAGUGGCGUCCAUUACAUGUACUAUGUUAGAGGUAAUAAAGCAGACUACGACAAAUGGACCCAAUUAGGUAACCCAGGAUGGGACUGGCACAAUGUGACACAUUAUUUCAAAAAAAGCGAACAUUUAUUAGAUCCUGUUAUUUUAAAUGGUAAAACAUCUAACCUACAUGGAAAAAAUGGAUACAUGCAUAUUACCCGACCAGUUUGGAAAGGUAGACCUGAACGAUAUUUGGAAGCUUUCGAAGAGAUAGGUAACAAUCUAUUACUUGAUACAAACGGCAUUGAACAAAUCGGCUAUUCGUUUCCAUCGUUCACAAUCGGUAAUAAUUUAAGGCAAAGCACUGCGGUUGCAUUUCUACAACCUAUAUUGGACAGAAAAAACUUAUAUUUGCUAAAGAAUACGUUGACGAGAAAAGUAAUUUUUGAUAAUGACAAAACUAUUGUAGGCGUAGAAGUAAAAUUAUCAAGUAAUAAAAUUGUAACCAUAAGAGCAAAAAAAGAAGUAAUUUUAUCAGCAGGCGCUCUAAACAGUCCUCAACUUUUAAUGCUGUCCGGGAUAGGACCAAAAGAUCACUUGGAUAAAAUUGGAAUUAAAACAUUAGUCAAUUCCCCUAAUGUUGGGAAAAAUAUGCAAGAUCAUGCAUUGGUUCCAGUAUUAAUAAGUGGGGGUGAUAAUAUACGAUCAUUUAUUGAAAUAAUAAAUGUAUUCAGAAAUCUGGACAAGUUUCCAACAGCGAGUUUGCUUGGGCACAUCGCUUUGGAUAAAUCUCAAACAUAUCCAGAUUACCAGGCGACAGUUCUUCCAGAACAUAGAGGAUCAAUAUUGCCAGUAUUUAUGUGUAAAAACGUAUUCAAAUGGAACGAUAAAGUAUGUACUUCAAUGGCAAAAGCUGCUUUAAAAAGAGAAGUGGCGUUCGCGGUAUUAACUUUACUACAUCCGGAAUCUAGAGGUAAAAUUGAACUGAAAAGCAGUGAUCCUGAAGUUGCACCAUUAAUACAUUCCGGUUUCUUCUCUGAUGUACAAGAUAUAGAAACAUUCGCAAGAUGUGUUGAAGAUUAUACUAAAGUAAUAAAUUCCUCGUACCACAAAAGUUUUGAAGCUGAAAUUGUGGAUUUAAAUCUCGAUAAAUGCGCUAAAUUACCAUUUGGAAGUCAUGAAUACUGGAAAUGUUACGUAUUAAAUUUGUCAGGAACACAGUUUCAUCCAGUAGGUACUUGCGCAAUGGGUGCGGAAGGGGUUGUGGACGAAAGAUUAAGAGUAAAGGGUGUAAGAGGCCUACGUGUCGUAGAUGCCAGUGUGAUGCCAACUAUUACUAGUGGAAAUACUAAUGCCCCUGUCGUGAUGAUAGCAGAGAAAGCGGCGGAUAUGAUUAAAACAGAUAAUGGUUGUUAAUGAAAGAUUUUUUGAAAUAAAUAUUUUAUUA